UCCCUCGCUACGCCGGUAAACAGACCCCGCACACAGUUCAGCUAAAAACCGGGGCCACACGUUGAAGUGCCAAGGUUUCUCGUUGCUUCACCCGCGCACUUCACAUCUUGGAGGACCUUUUCAAAGUCAUCUGGGAGUCAUCUUGGAGAUCCAGACAACAUGGUGAAGCGGUGCAUCUGUGAGAUCUGCACAUGCGGGCGGCAUCGCUGCCCGCAUCGUCCGGCUGCCCCGAUCGCGGGGCGUGGCGACCAGUGCAAACUGUCGGAGUACACGGAGCGCUACAAGAAGCACCCCAUCCUGCCCACCCAGUCCUUCAAACCAAAUGAGGAACCAAUCAGGGGGCAAGGCAGAAUGGAAGGGGUCACAACCUUCAAGAAGGACUACGUCCCCUACAAGGUGACAAAGAUUGCCCUGCCCAAGGCUGAGGAAUACGUUCCCAUCCCCGGCAACAUGGACCUGCUGUCAUCCUACAAGCAGGAGUACAUCGGACACACCGUUCCUGUCGUCAAACCCAUCAGGCACGAGCCACAGCGCAAGGUCGAUGCUGGGAGGAUGGAUACAGUCCCCACAUACAAAACUGACUACAGGAAGUGGGAGAUCCAGCGAGCGGCUGCCCACAAGCCCAUGGCUGCCUACAAGCCGUCCGAGGGCCACAUGGAAGAGAUGACCACGUUCCGGCACGACUACACCAGGAAGAACAUCCCGCUCACCGUCAGCUUCAAGCCGCUUGCCGAAGCCAAGGUGUCCGACAUUCCCUUUGAUGACAGGACGGAGUACAAGACCGGGUACGUGCCCAAGCCGCUCGAGCCGAAGCAGCAGCGGGAGAGGGAGAUGUACAGGCCCAGCGGAGUGCCCUUUGACGGGAUGACCACACAGAAGAGGGACUUCACAAAGAAGCAAGGUCCGAAGACAGAGAGCUUCAAGCCCGACCAGGUUGCGAUGCAGUCGCGUGACCCGUUCCAGGGAGACACCGAGUUCAAGACACAGUUCAAGAAGUGGGCGACGCAACCGUACGUGCCCCAUGCCGGGGAAGCGUAUGUGAAGCCCGUGGGAGAAAUGGACUUGCGUACCACGCAUGGCCUGGAGUACAGGGGCCAUGUGGUCCCCCCUGCCAGGCCGGCUAGGCCCCCCUCCCGCCAGCGAGCCACGACAGCGCCCUUCGACGACAAGACCACCUUCAAGGACUCCUUCAGGCGGUGGGAGAUCGAGAGGGUCGGGCCGAAGAUCCACCAGGACGCGUACCACAGGCCGGAUGUGCCAUUCGAGGGCACGACGACAUUCCGCGCCCACUACAUCAAGCACCCUCAGGCGCCGACACAGAGCUUCAAGCCCGACCUCGGAGCCUACCAGAGCGAGGCUCCGUUUGAAGACAGAACUGAGUACAAGGGAAGCUACACUCCGAAGAAGGCCGACAUCUGCCCAGCGGUGUUCCUGCCCGGCACGGGGUCGGGAUGGGCGUACGAGACCGAUGACCAGCGUGGACACAAACUGUUCAGGCGGAUGUCGCAGACCACCAAAGCCAUGGAAAUGAACACUUCUAUGAACUCCUUCCAGGAAACAGUCCAGCCCCUGGCAAGCACACAACCUCAGGCUGUGAUGGCGUAGAUAUUGAUGAUCAAACUUUAGGACAUUUUUGUGUUUACCAAACAGGGAACAGUACAUAAUUAUGUAGUUCACAUUACAAACAAAACAAUGAAAGGGAUGGGGAAAUCAGAAAUAUUCAUGACAGUUUACAUAUGAGAUUUCAAAUGACAGUCUUAUUAGAUGCCUCAUAAAUGAGGAUACAAAGUAUAAAGAAUCAGCAGUGUUUUGGUCCUCAGGAAAACACAAUCUGAAUCUUGACAUUUUUGUAAAGUCUAACAAAUCAGUUCAUGACAAUCUGACCUUUUGUAUGAAGGGAAACUUACAUUGACACUUGAAUAUUGGGUGCUGCUUUCAGAUUGUAGUUUGUAUAUCUUUCAUGUUGUUUGUCGUCAUUUUUGAUGAUGACUGUUAAGUUGCAGAUCUUAGAUUUGCAGUGCUUGUAUAUUUUGCAAGGUUAGAGUCUAAUUUUCUAGCAUUGAACACCAAAAAAAUUACCUGUCUUUAUCUAAGGGGUAGACUAACCAUACUUUGAUACAAGGUAUAUCUGCAGAUCAGACCAUCAACAAGCAUGUAAUGAAUGUUAGGGAAUGACUGGUGCUGUGCCUAGUAGACAAAGUUAUUUUAGCCUGAAGUUUUAGGUAUUAACAUUUGCCCCAUGGCAAUUUAAAGAAGCUUAGAGGGAGUGUACAAAAAAA